UCGACAUUGUGCGUGACCCCAUCUCCCCCAGCGAAUACAAGCCCGAGGAGGACCCCAAGCUCUACCACUCAGCCAAGACAGGACGGGGACCACUGGGGGACGACUGGCUGGAGACGGCUGCCAGCGGGCCCCUGAUGUGUGCCUACAAGCUCUGCAAGGUGGAGUUCCGCUACUGGGGGAUGCAAUCCAAAAUUGAGCAGUUUAUCCACGACGUGGGUUUGCGGAAGGUGAUGCUGCGCGCCCACCGCCAGGCUUGGUGCUGGCAGGACGAGUGGACGGACCUGACGAUGGAGGACAUCCGGCAGCUGGAGGAGGAGACGGCGAGGAUGCUGGCGCAGAAGAUGGCCAAGUGCGGUGAGGCCGAAGAACCCCCUGCCACUGGGCCCAGCCCCGAGGGGCGGCCGGAGCCAGGGGGUGCCAGCAGGCAGGAGGGGGCUGAGGUGCAGGAAGCAUCUGAUGCCUCUCCUGACGAUACCUUUGCCAAGCAGUGGUCCACCUCUUCCCGGUCUUCCUACUCUUCUCAGCAUGGAGGGGGGGUGUCUCCUCAGAGCCUGUCCGAGUGGCGGAUGCAGAACAUCGCCCGCGACUCCGAGAACAGCUCCGAAGAGGAAUUUUUUGAUGCCCACGAGGACCUGUCUGACAGCGACGAGGUCUUUGCGAAGGAGAUGACAAAGUGGAGCUCCAAUGACUUCUUGGACACGCUGGAGCGGCCCGCGGAGCUGGAUGAGGCACUGGGGGAGGAACCCAGCACCUCCAAGGUGGAUUGUGAAGCACUGGGGGCAACCGGCUGCUCCGAGAGUGUCUCGUCGGAGAGCACGGCGCAGGCGUGCCGGAUCCACGCCCUCUUCCUCAUCCUCCACAGUGGCAACAUCCUGGACCAGGGAGCGGGCGAGCCGGGCUCCAAGCAGGCAGAUGUGCAGACGCUGGCAGCCACCUUCGACGCCGUCACCCGUGUCCACUUCCCCGAGGCGCUGGGACACGUGGCGCUGCGCCUGGUGCCCUGCCCGCCCAUCUGCGCCGCUGCCUACGCCCUCGUCUCCAAGCUCAGUCCCUACAGCCACGACAGGGACAGCCUGUCCAGCAGCCAGGACCACAUCCCGCUGGCGGCCCUCCCGCUGCUGGCCACCUCCUCGGGGAGCUACCAGCACGCCGUGGGCGCCGUCAUCGCUCGUGCCAACCAGGCCUACAACGCCUUCCUGCACUCUGGGGAGGGGGCAGGCUUCUGCGGCCAGGUGGUGCUGCUGGGGGACUGCGUGGGUGGCAUCCUGGGCUUCGACGCGCUGUGCCAAAGCCGGGGGGGCUCGGGGGGCAGCCGCAGCAGUAGCCGCCGGGGCAGCCUGAGCACGGAGCCCAUCUCCCCCGAGCUGUGCGGCGGCAGGGACCCGUUGGCCGAUGGCACGGACGGAGCAACGGCGUCUGGCCAGGCCAGCCCCGAGCCGGGGACACAGCCACCCUGCCGGGAGCAGGAGGACAGCCACCACCACAGCUCCUCGUGCAGCCUGCAGGCCAGCGAGGCCCCGCUGGAGGCAGAGGCAGCGCGGAGCGGCACGGCGGCGCUGGACGGGGCGGAGGGCACCGGUACCCGCCUCGAAUUUAAGGUAUCCGGCUUCUUCCUCUUUGGCUCCCCGCUGGGGCUGGUGCUCGCGCUGCGCAAGACCGUCAUGCCCGCUCUGGAUGUGGCCCAGCUGCGUCCUGCCUGUGAGCAGAUCUACAACCUCUUCCACGCCGCCGACCCCUGUGCCUCUCGCCUGGAGCCCCUCUUAGCCAAGGCCUUCCACGCUGUCCCACCGCUCAGCGUGCCCCGCUACCAGAAGUACCCCCUGGGUGAUGGCACCUCCUCCCUGCUGUCGGAGGCCCUGCAGACGCACUCUGCCUUGUUCCUGCCCGAGGUGGACAUGGCUGCCCCCCCUACCCCCACUGGCAGCUUCGGGGGCUUCUGGAGGGGCAACGAGCCAGCGGAAGCCCCCACUCCUGCCAGCACCAGUGAAGUCGUCAAGAUCCUGGAGCGCUGGUGGGGCCCCAAACGCAUCGACUACUCACUCUACUGCCCCGACGCCCUGACCGCCUUCCCCACCAUCACCCUGCCCCACCUCUUCCACGCCAGCUACUGGGAGUCCUCCGACGUGGUGGCCUUCAUCCUGCGCCAGGUGAUGGAGAAAGAGGGGCCGCAGCCAGCGGAGAGCGAGGAGAGCUCUAUCUACAGCCCUGCUAUCCCCCGGGAGAAGUGGCAGCGCAAGCGCACCCAAGUGAAGAUCCGGAACGUGACAGCCAACCACCGGGCCUGCGACGUGAUCGUGUGCGAGGGCAAAGCGCAGGUCCUCAGCGGGCGCUUCAUGUACGGACCCCUGGACGUGGUGACACUGACCGGGGAGAAGGUGGACAUCUACAUCAUGACGCAGCCGCUGUCGGGGAAGUGGCUGUACUAUGGCACCGAGGUGACGAGUGGCAGCGGGCGCCUGACCUUCACCAUCCCUCCGGAAAAGGCUCUGGCCAUCGGCAUCUACCCCGUGCGCAUGGUGGUCAGGGGGGACCACAGCUAUGCCGAGGCGUACCUGACGGUGGUGGCCCGGGGCACCGAGUCGGUCGUGUUCAGCAUCGAUGGCUCCUUCACUGCCAGCGUCUCCAUCAUGGGCAGCGACCCCAAAGUGCGGGCGGGGGCUGUCGACGUCGUACGGCACUGGCAGGACUCGGGCUACAUGAUCAUCUACGUGACGGGCCGCCCUGACAUGCAGAAGCACCGGGUGGUGGCCUGGCUCUCCCAGCACAACUUCCCCCACGGCGCUGUCUCCUUCUGCGACGGGCUCACCCACGACCCCCUGCGCCAAAAAGCCGCCUUCCUCCAGAGCCUGCGUACAGAGGCGGAGAUCACCAUCGUCGCUGGCUACGGCUCCACCAAGGAUGUCUCUGUCUACAGCUCGCUGGGGCUCGCACCAGCGCACAUCUACAUCGUGGGCCGGGCCGUCAAGAAGUUCUACAACCAGUGCCAGUUCCUCUCUGAGGGCUACGUAGCCCACUUGGCUCAGCUGGAGGCAGCAGCCCUGGCCCACUCCCCCAAGGGACCCCCGCGACCCGUGCUGGGCAAAGGCACCUACGGCUGCCCGGCGCCCGUCGACUUCCUCCGCAAACAGAGCCAGCUCCUGCGGUCGCGGGGCUCCAGCCAGGCAGAGCGGGAGGGGGGGUCCUCAUCAGCACCCCCAGGGCUGUCCCGGGCCAAGCCCCGCAGCGUCAGCCUCAAGCUGGAGGGUGAGGAGUGAGGGUGGCACGGCCACCGUCCCCCCUUUCCACUGCAGCCUCCCAUUUCCCAGCCGGGAGCACCUGGGGCCGGAGCCUGCGAUGGGCCCCGAGCUGAUAGGAAGGAGACGAGGGUGUUGGGUCCCCCCUGUGACUGUGGGGACCCCCGGAGUCAGCGCUUCAAGCCACCCUGGGGUGCUGGAGCCAUCCCCUCGGGACUGAGCCACCCCAUGUCCCCCCUCCUGCCCCCUAGCUCUGCCUCCACCCUCUGCCCCAUCCCCUCUGGUCCUUUGGGGCUGCAGAGCUGCUGUUGGGCAGUGCCCGAGGUGGGAUUUUCCCCCCGGGGAUCCAGUGUGCUACCCCCUGGGGUCAUCUCGGGGGGCCGUGGCCAUGCCCUAGGGCAAGUGCCACCUCCCUGCUCCCCACCUAUUUAUUUCCGUGCGGUGUUGCCAGCUGUGGGGCAGGGGAAGGGCCAGGAUUCACAACCGGUUCCGUUGUUCUCUUCGUUUCGUUGUGAAAUAAAGCGAUGUAAAGAUGAGG